AUGACAAAGCAAGACGCAAUUGUUCUUCAAAAGCCUGGUGUUAUCACUGUUGAUAAGCGUGACGUUCCUGAGAUUAAGGAUCCUCACUAUGUGAAGUUACACAUCAAAGCUACUGGUAUCUGUGGAUCAGAUGUUCACUACUACACUCAGGGUGCUAUUGGUCAGUUUGUUGUCAAGAGUCCUAUGGUUCUUGGCCAUGAAUCCAGUGGUAUAGUGGCAGAGGUUGGCUCUGCGGUGACAAACGUCAAGGUUGGUGAUAGAGUAGCCAUUGAACCUGGUAUCCCCAGCAGAUACUCUGAUGAAACCAUGUCUGGUAACUAUAACUUGUGUCCGCACAUGGUCUUCGCAGCUACACCUCCCUAUGAUGGUACGUUGACCAAAUACUAUUUGGCACCUGAAGAUUUCGUUUACAAAAUGCCAGACCACUUAUCGUUUGAAGAAGGUGCUCUUGCCGAACCUAUGUCUGUUGGUGUUCAUGCAAACAAGCUUGCUGGUACCAGAUUCGGUAGUAAGGUGCUGGUCUCUGGUGCUGGUCCUGUAGGUCUAUUAGCAGGUGCUGUCGCCAGAGCAUUCGGUGCUACUGAAGUUGUCUUUGUUGAUAUAGCUGAAGAGAAGUUAGAAAGAAGCAAACAAUUUGGUGCCACUCACACUGUUUCCUCUUCCUCCGACGAAGAACGUUUCGUGAGCGAAGUCUCAAAAGUUCUUGGUGGUGAUUUACCUAAUAUCGUGCUAGAAUGUUCAGGUGCUCAGCCUGCCAUCAGAUGCGGUGUCAAGGCAUGCAAGGCAGGUGGCCAUUACGUCCAAGUUGGUAUGGGCAAAGACGACGUUAACUUCCCCAUCAGUGCAGUGGGCAGUAAAGAAAUUACAUUCCAUGGGUGUUUCCGUUACAAGAAGGGUGAUUUUGCAGAUUCCGUUGCAUUGCUUUCAUCUGGUAGAAUCAACGGUAAGCCCUUGAUCUCCCACAGAUUUGCAUUUGAUAAAGCACCGGAGGCUUACAAGUUUAAUGCUGAACACGGCAAUGAAGUGGUUAAAACCAUUAUCACCGGCCCAGAAUAA